AGAAACUCCAGCUACAAAAUGAGUAAUUAAAAGACAAAUUUUCAAAUAAAAAUAGAAUUAAGCGUUUACAUCACACUUUUAAUAAAUAGAUAACUACAAAUUUCAGUUAAGUGUGUGGUAAUCAUGAACAAAAAACACUUUGGGGUUGGGGGUUUGUUCAUUUUGCUUAUUCUUCUUCCUUUUGAAGAAUCGUUGUAGGCUGCUCGGACUGGAUCUUCUAGGAAGGAGAAAAAAGGGGGGGUGUACCUGCAAGGUACUCCAAUGCCAAAGUAAGUUGACGAGCAAAGGAGCGCAAGUACUAGCUAAGAGUGAGUAAGAAUUGAAUACCUGACCCUCUACUGAGAGAGGGUAUUUAUAGCCCCCAGCGCUGGGCCAUGAUCACGCUAGUGGACUGGAUUUCCAGGCCCAACUAGGAGACUGCCAGGUUUCCUAGGCGGAAAUAUCGGAGGUGCGUGAUGCCCUCUGUCCUGGUUAACCGCUCCGGAAUCCCAGGGAGACGCGGUCUUAUAAGGGCCACGUGGACUCCGUAGUAUUCGGAGGAUUGGGUGUGAAGGACCACUGCGCGGAGCAGGGUCCUCGGCAGACAAGUGCUCGUAGAAAGCUGUGUGCCGAGCAUCCACCUGCUCGUGGAGAGCACUGUGCCGAGCACCAGCUAGAAGACGGAGAGCGGUGCCGGGCAAAGCCGAGACGAACAUGAAGCAUCGUCUGCCAGUAGCUUAGGUUGGUUUGGGCCUUUAAGCCUAAUGGGCUGAAACUAGGUGGGCCGAAUCUCGGCCCAGCCCAGAACAGGAGCCCCCCGAGUCGGAGUUCCGAGGAAGGAGCUUCGAGUUUUGCCCCGAGCAGCGUCGCCUCGCGGAAAAAGUCGGAAGGUCGCGCGUGGAGGGCACGCGCUGACGUGGCAGUGUAAUGAUUGCCUAGGGGUAGUGUGGUGUCGUUUUCUUUUACCUCCCCGUUUCACUUGGGAGGACGGCACGCUAAACCCUUCACGCGAAAUUUGGAAGGAGAAUGCGCCCGUGGUGGGAUGAAUUUUAUUUCAGUUCUUCCUACGAUAUCACACGAACUUUCUUAUUGUCCUACGAGUAGGAAAGGGAAAAAAAAGAUCUCAACUAAACCCUAGGAGUUUGCUAAGUGUGGGGAUUUCACCUAGACUAGAAAUUCUGGAGUCCGGGAGGUCGGUUAUACAUAGGGAAGUGUUUAAACACCCUACAUAUCUGUAGUACUCUACAGGAACCUUCUCUGUGUCAUUGUGAUUGUGUUUGCUGCUAAUGAUUGGGAAAGUUUCUCCUUUGUGUUAGGAGAAGGAAUUGAAUUGAUUUGAAAAGACAGACAGACAGACAGACUGACUAUUUUUGGUAUUUUAUUAGCUCGCUGAGAUUCCUUGUGAACCUCAUGCCUACAUAUCCCUAGUGGAAGUCAGAGCUUAAUGUAGUUCGGGGAACUAACUAGGGAAAUUAAAUGUUUUUGGUGCCUUGCUUGAAGCUCAAGGUUGAAGCUUGGAAUUAAAUCUCUGUUUACAGUAAAGAGACAUGAAAUUAUCUCUACAGAGAGGUAUUUGUACUAUUCUACCACAAACAUUUAAAGGAGUGACAGAAUAAUUGGAUUCAUCUCAUUCAAGAGGGGGACCUUACUUGUGUGUGCAAGUAUGCCAGUCAGAUGCCUCUUAAAUGAAAGAAAGUUGCUCGUCCAAAUUAGGGAAAGUGUACAAGUCUGGGGAUGUGCUAGAGCAUGUCUUUCAGAGUCCUAAAUGGGAGACUUUGAUUGAAAUUGAAAUUGAAAUGUUUGUUUGUUUGAAUGUGGUAGAGUAGUAAAAAUAUCUCUCUAUAGAGAUAAGCUAUGUCUAUCUACUGUAUAAAAGAUUUGACUUUAGCUGGCUUGUAUGAGGCCCAAGCUUGAGGCUUUUUGAUUGAUUAAUUAAUUAUUAUUGACUCUGGGAGAUGACUCCAUUGGGAAUUAAUUACAGGGUAUUUUUGUGUCCUGUACGAAGCCCAGAAUUGAGGCUGACUCUACUUAGGGAGACUCUAUUUAUGUGCCUUGUACAAAGCCCAAGGUUGUGGCUAACUGUUGGGGGUAAUUUGAAUGAAUGACUCUAUUUUAUGUGCCUUGUACAAAGCCCAAGGUUGUGGCUGACUCUAGCUAGGGAAAAAACAUUAUUUUCUGCCUUGUACAAAGCCCAAGGUUGUGGCGGACUCUUAAAUGAAUUAAGUAUGGAUGACUAUAUGGGGAAAGAUCCUAAGUGUUAGGAAUCUUUGACACAUGAAAGUAUGGUUUAUCUGCCUUGUACAAAGCCCAAGGUUGUGGCUGCUGAAUGAUGAAGAACUCACUGGGGAGACUCUAUUAUCUGCCUUGUACAAUGCCCAAGGUUGAGGCUGACUCUUGACAGGGGAGUUUUAUUGUUUGGGUGCCUUGUAUGAAGCCCAAGGUUGAGGCUAACUGUUUUUGUUGGUUUUGACUCUACUGAGGAGAUUUUAUUUAUUAAAAGACUGUUUUUCUUUGGAAGCUAACCCUUUCCAGGGAUUUUGACUCAGCUGGUGAAUUUGUCUGUUAAAAGACUGACUUUUAUCAUGUUUUUUGGAGGCUGACCCUUUCCAGGGAUUUUGACUCUUUUGGGGAAAUUAUCUCCCAAGAGAAAUGAAUCUUUAUUUUUUUGACAUUUUUAUUAAUUGACUUUGGAGGCUAACCCUUUCCAGGGGUUUUGUGAAAUGAUUUGGGUAGCUCUCCAUUAAUUAUUAAAGGAUGAAAGGAUUGGCAGAAAGAUUAUCUAGGGGAGACUUCUUGUUUAAAGCCCAAGAUGAAGGCUGACUCAAUGCUGAGGAUGACCAAACAUGGAUCCUAGACUCUACUAAGGAAGAUUGAUGAAGAUAAGGGUGACAGAGACUGUCCAUGUCUCUCAUUCCAAAAGGUGUACUCAAUGCAAAAUUGAGACAAACUUAGCUUGUUUAAAGUCUGGUUUAAAUUGGAAGAAACUCACCAGGGUAGGCUAAAAGGUGACUAAAGACCUGUUCCUAUGUUUAUAAGAAACCUGAUGGGUCCUUGUAUACAAGCUCAAGAGGAAGCUGGAAAUGCUUUUAAGAAGCCUGUGGGUCCUUGUACAAAGCCCAAGAGGAGGCUAAUCGAGGGUCCUUGUUAUAGCACAAGAGAAAGCUAUGUAGUUUUGAACUUAUUUUGGCUCUAAGCAAAUGGGUAAGAGGUUUCACCGGGAAUAAUUCCUCUUUGGGUGGAUGUGUCCUAUAUUUUUGGAUUCUAAGGUUUUUGCCAAGAUGUUUCACCGGGAAUAAUUCAUCUUGGGGGUUUGAACUACAGAUCUCUAAUUAGGAAAGAGCCUUCACCGGGAAGACAUUCUCAAUCCUAGGUCAUAUUCCUAUAAUAUAUAUAUAGUUUAACUGUCCUAGGGUUUAUACUCAAACGUAGUUCUAAACUAAUAUAUGCACGGUUCUAUAUUUGACAGUAAUUUAAACAAAGACUGUAAAUUGAAAACUUGUAAAGCCUAACCUGGAUGGAGUGGAGGCCAUUGAAGAAGUAUGUACAGAGCCUCAACAGUAUUUUUGUUGUUUUGUUGAUAACAGUUGAAUAUAUAUGAUAAACAGUUAAUGGUUUUUGAAAACAGAAGAAGUGAAGAUGGACAAAGGUCACAUAGGUAUCUGAAGAGUUUCACCGGGAAUAAUGCCCUUCAAAUACCAGAAGAAUGUUUUGAAAACAGAAAGAAGAUUUUGAAAAUACAGUUUUGAAAACAAGCUAAGAAGAGAAGGUUUUUGGGACUUACACUCUAUUAGAGGCCCAGUACUUUGCAGUACUGGUGUAAAAACAAUUUAAAAAAAUGACUUGGAAUGAUACAAGGUUUUGUUGUUUGAAAACCUUAAUCAUUUGAUUUUAUCAGAGAUUGAAAACAGUUUUGGGAUUUGACAAAAGUCAACUUAAUUAAAGUAAAAAUAAAGAUUUUUACUUAAUUAAGACCUAAACAAAUAGGGUUUUAUCAUAAAAAUUAUUUAUAAAAUGAUUAGGUUAAAUCAAAGUGAAUAUAUAUAUUUAAAGUAUUUAAGAAAACACUUAAAAACAUACUAUUUUAAACCUAAUUAAAAUUCAAGAAAUACAUAAUAUUUUUAUGAUUUUUUUGACUAUUCACAAAAUAGGUAUAUUAAAUAAUAGGUGUAUGAAAAAUGAAGUGAAAAUAAUUUAUUUUGAUAGGUUAAAUAAAUAUGUGAAGUUGUGAAGAGAAAUGAAAGAAAUUAGUGUUAAAAAAUAAGUUUUGGCCCUUGGAGGGUUUGAACCCACGCCCUUGAGGUCACCAAUCCAAAACAACACCACUGGGCCAACGCGCGCUCAGUGUUAGUGACUUGCCUUCAUUUGGUUAUGUUUCAAAACAAGUUGUAAAUCUUUGAAAAAUAAAAUAAUCAAAAAGUCUGGGGCGAGGGGGAUUCGAACCCCAGACUUUGGGCACGAGGAGACUAAGAGCGCAUGUGUGGCCACUAGGGCAAGUUAUUCAGUCGUUAAUAAAACGCACACCAUUCAAAAUAAAAUAAACUCUCCCCUGAGAAUUCAAAUUUGCGCGCCACCACCAUCUUCAUCUUCAACCUCAAGCUCUCCAUUUUUGAAUUUCUGAACUUACUCGUUUCUCAACCAUUUGCAACGAUGUAAACACGAAACUUGCUCUAAAUUCACUCACGAUUCUAAGUAUGUAACUAACAAUGACUAUCAUUAACUACAUCUAACUAAUUUACCAGAAAUCGUGAAGAACCCUAAAAUUUCAAAAUUAAAUUAAAUGACUAUACUGAAAGAUAAAUGGAUGAUGAUAGAGGGUUUUCAAUCCUCUGAUGAUGCUGAACAAGAUAGAAUCGAGCUAUUUCACAAAGAGUACUUAAAUUAAAGAGAGGGAGUUCAGAAACUUACCUCUGAAAAUGGAGAUCGUGAGGAUGAUAGAGAGCAACUGGGCUUGUAUGAAUGAUCCCAAAAGCUUCCUUGUGGCUCAGUGAUGCUAACUGAAUGCUUGUAAUAACCUCAAACCUCCUGAAUUGUUCUAUGGACCUCCCUCGAUUUCAGCUUCAAGUGAACAUGGAGGGUGUUGAUUCUCGAGUUACAGAUGAGCUGCAGCCAUCUGGUUAGCUUCACUAUGACCUGAGGAGUGUGUCUGGAUGAUUGGCUUGCCUUGAAACCUUCUGAAUCACUCCAUGGACCUCCAACUGCAGAUGCUCCAAAGUGAGAGCAACAAUGGUGUUCCUCCACCUACAGAAGUGAUCCAGGUGCUUGGAUCACCUCAAAUGACCUCCCUUGAGAUGUUAGAAUGCUCACUUCCCAAAGAUAAGCUCUGGUUUGAAGAAAUCGAUUCUUCUUGCCAAAGAACUUUGAAAAACAAUGAACAAGAGAAGAGAAAGAGAAAGCAAGUAAUAUGGUUGCUUUGGUGUGUUUUUGAAUGAGGAAUGCAUCUGUAUUUAUAGGCAAAUGGAUCAGUAUAGCUGCAGAGGAGUGAGCUUCCUUAGUGAAGUUGAUUUGCUUUCUUAGCCAUGAAGGAAUUCAAAGAAUAUUCCAAGUGCAAUGAUGAGCUCUUUGAUACCACUCCCUAGCCAUCGGUUUUGCUUGAUCUUAGGGGACCAAAUGGCUGCAGAAAUGAGCUCCAAUUGGUUGGGAGAAGAUUCCUUUGAUGAAUCAUCAAUUUGCCAUAAAUUCAAAAAUGCAAUCAUUACAUAAUCACAUGCCUUUGUUUUUUGGAAUCUUCUCUAACCCUUAUGCAAUGAUGGAAAUUGAUGUAUGGUAUGGUUUCAGAUGCAUUAGAGGUCGUGUAGCAUCACUUAGUGAAGCAAAAUGCACAAAAUUGCAAAGUUCCAAAUUGUACAUGACCUAUAAUUUUACUUCAUGAGGCCAACUUUGAACAAGCAUAACUCCUAGCUCAAAUUGAAUUUGAAGAAGGUUGAACACAAUUUGGAAAGCCCUAAACAUCUACUUCAAAUCAUUAGUUUGGAGUUUCUUCAGAAUCCUUUGGGAAAUUUGUGAAAAAUGAGCCUAAAGUUGGAAGAAAACUAGGUUAAAACACUUAGAAAAAUUUCUAAGUGUUUAUGACCUAAACUUCAAAAUUUCCAAAACUUCAUAAAUGGUUGAUCUUUUGAAAAAAGUUCCCUUGUAAGAUGUUGUUUUAUUUGGCAAGAUCUACAACUUUCAUGUUGGAAGUUUUUUGAGUUGUGUAGGUGAAAUUUUGAGAUCUCACCAUGCCCUCAAAAACCCUAAUUCCCGACUUUUCGCUCUUUGAUGAAUUUCUUUGAAUUUCUUUGGUCAAAUGACUUUGACAUCCAUAUAUUGAUGAUAUUGAUCUUUGAAAGUCAUUUUUUGACCAAAAACCUUAAAAGUCAAUGAUGAUCCUUCAUAGUUGACUUUUUCCUGAUAAAGUGAAUUUUUGGGCUUUUGUGUAGAAACAAGAUCUUCUCCCCAAAUGGAUGAUAUAAAUGGAUUAUAUUGAGGUAGUAGAGACUCUUGAAUCAUGUCUUGAGUUUUGGAUUCAUGCCCUGAUCAGAAGUCAACUAUCUUGGUGAAUUAGGUCAAAACCCUAAUUUGUCGACCAUGUGAAAAUAAUGACUGUAGACUUUGAAUUGAAGUGUGAUGUCCAGUAGAUCUUGUCAUAUGAGUUAUUUGAAGAUGAUUGAUGUUUUUGAAUGGUUCCCUGGGGCUUUUUAGGGUUUCCCAAAAGUGAUCCCUGAUUUUAGUCCUUGAUAGGCUCAAAACCCUAGUCUGGUGACCUGAGUAAACCUGUACUCAUAUGACUGGAUGUCUAAUCAGUCAUAGAUGAGAAAAGUGAAGUUUUUUUGAGCCCCAUGAUUGUAUUAGAGACUAAUCUUUGUAUUGAUUGAUCCUUUGCCUGAGCUUUCUUGUCUUUGAGCAUCCUUGAUUAGGUACCAGAUGGAGAAAUGACUGCUCUGGGUACUUGUCUUGACUUGAUGAAAAAUCCUGAAGAUAUGUCAUCUCAGGGGGGUCAAAAAUUAGGGUAUGACAGGUAGGAGGCGGCGCCUAGGGAAUCUGUGUCAGCCGACGUGACGUUUCGUAUUCCGGGCAAAAUCUCCUAUAAAAGGAACGAGGCUUCUCAUUAGGGCAUUUUUUCGCCUCUGUUCAAGUGCUCGGCGUCUGUGGUUGAUCUUUAAAUCUCUCAUUCAAGAAUUUCUUCCAGCAAUCGAGUUUCCCCAACAUCAUGUCUGGAUCAGGUACGACUGUGUUCUUACUGGACUUUGAAUGAUUUCCUGCAUUUUUAUGAUAAAUUUAGUUAUGAGUUUAUGCCGUUUUUUUGCCAUCUAAGUCGGCAUAUUGCUGCGGAGUAGGGUAUCUUCCUCGGGUUAUUCAUGCGAUGCCCGGGGGGAACCAAUGUAAACGUUGGAUGAUAUUUGUUUUCCGCCCGGCUUUUUCAUGUCUCAACUCGUCGUAUUCAUGGAACGGACGGCAUGUUUAAGUUUCUAAUCGGUUUAUUCCUCAACGUUGCCGGCCUGAUUGAGGCCAGUUUGAGUUUUGCCGAGGUGGACCCGAGCGUCUUGGCCGCUGUCUUGGUUGAUUCAUUGAAGGGGUUUGGUCGGUGGCUUGACUGCUUGCUGUUCCACCCUUUCACUUGCUUCGCGGUGGAAGGGUGGAUUUGAUGACCGGUCGAAUUCUUUUUUUCCUUCUGCGUGCAGGUGAAUCAGGUUCGGGGUCUAGCUCGGAGUCAAGCUCAGGGUCUAGUUCGAGCUCGUGGGAUGAGUCUCAAAAGACGAGUGCGAGCAGCUCCGAGGUCGAAGAGGUAGAGGCCGAGAGCGCACCUCUUUCAGUGAUAGAAGAGGGUGACGAUGAGGGGGUGUCCCCGGGGUCCGACGAGGAAGCUGGGUCUGAUGAGGAAGUCGGGUCCGACGAGGGUGUCCCCGUGACCCCCUUGUUUGAGUAUGACUUUGAAGUGGACCUAGAUUGGGUGGCCGAGGAGCCCCAGCUGGAGGUAUCGCGAUACACCGAGUCGCUGUCCGGUGCGUUCCGUGAAGUUGAAGAACGAGGGCCGAGCGAUGAACUGAACUUUCAGGUGGUAUGCCCGUCCGCCGACGAGCGCAUUUGCUCUCACUUUCAUGGAGAUAGUUUCGCCAUGUACGAGUAUGUUUUUCGGGAGCUCGGAUUUCGUCUGCCGUUUACCAGCUUCCAGGUUUCGCUUCUGGCUCGUCUUGCGCUGGCGCCGUCUCAACUACACCCGAACGCUUUUGCUUUUAUGCGAGCCUUCGAAAUUGUCUGUGAGUAUCUGGGCAUCGGGGCCACGACCGACCUGUUCUGCCGUUGUUUCAGAGUCCAACGGAAGGUGGCCGACGGGCGGUAUGGCUGGGUUUCCUUCAAGAAUGCCGACCGUAAGCUCUUCAAAAUGUUUGUUGACUCGGUUAAGGACUUCAAAGACCGGUAUUAUGUCGUCCGUCUGCGCAGCCGGGCAGCAUAUACCUCGCUGUCGAAAAUGGUGACAGUGCGUGGCGAGGACGGGGCCCCGGAGAGGGACGAGGAAGGGAAUGUUCAUACCAGACUCUGCAGUGUGUUCCCCUUUGUCUGGUGGAAGGCCCACUUCAGUUUUCCCCCCAAACAUUAUGCUCGGGAAGACGGGGACUUGGACGAGCAAGAUGCAGCAUCGUACCUUCGUCUUUGCCAAUGGGUGGACAGCUUCACCCUUAGUUCGUGGGUAUCGAGGACCGGGGAACCUAUUUGUGACGAGGAUGGGGUCCCGAUGACCGAAGCUAGAGCCAUCAACACCCGGGCUCUUUUGAUGUGCCGGACGACGGCGGAAACGAAGGCGUUAUUAGAUGCUAUGCCCGUGAAGGAGGACAAGGUCCUGAAGGCGGCCCAGGAUGGAAGGAGGAUCCGGGCGUUAAAAAACAAGAAUCGGGGGGUGGGUUCAGGUGAACAUUCCGGUUCUGCUGGUUCUCCUCUGGUGAUCCCGGAAGGGGGGACGCCGAAGAGGCAGCGUCGGUCGGAGAUGUCCCGGGAAGAUCCACCAGUCACGGGAGCUGAGCGCGGAUUUGUACUUCCUCCUUGCUUCAAAGAGGGUCAGUUUUUCGAGAAGUUUCCUCUAUCCCUCUCCCCGGAUGAGUCUCGCCGAGUUGAGGAGAUGUCUUCCCCGGCCCGGCUAAAGCAGUUGGCCAGCGACAGUGCUGCUGUAAUGAGGGUCGUCGGGAUGGCUCAAAUGUUUGCCCAAGGGGGUGCUGCUUCUGCUGAGGUCCUGCAGAAGGCGGAGGACGAUAAGAAGGCCGCCGAGGAGGAAGCUGCCCGGCAAAAAUCUCUUCGGGAGAAGAUAAAGAAAAAGAUGGAGGAUCUUUUGAAGCAGAAAAACGAGGAGGUGGAGGAGGAGAAGAAGAAGGUCGCUGAACUCGAACAGGCUUGGGAGCCGACCGCCGAAGAAUCCUCGGAUGUGGCGGCCUUGAGGUCGAGGGCCGAAUUUGUCGAGAAGAUUGACGACUUGAAGAUCGAGCUUGCUGACAUGGCCGAGGAGGGGUUCAAAUGUGCCGUUCAGCAGUUGAAAUUUCUGAAUCCGGGCCUGAAGACGGACAACAUUGGAGUGUCGAGCAGGAUUGUGGAUGGCCAGCUGAUCCCCGGCACACCUGAAGAUGAUUGAGUUUUUAGGGCCUGCGCGUCCUUGUUUUCUCGGCCUGCGUGCCGUUAAUUUUAUGGUGAUUUGUUGGGCUGAAGCCCGGGAUAUUGGGGGCCUGCGUGCCCGUUUUUGGUUGUAAUAUUAGAACAUCGUCAGCCAAUUUGGUCGGCAGUAAUGUCCAUCAAUUUUUCUAUGUUUGUUUUAGCAUUGUAUGCUUUAAGUUAUUUUCGCUGUAUGUCCGUAUAUCGUCUUUGAUUGUAGGCUAUGCUCGUAUGCUCCGAGGAUAUAAUCCAUACUUAGAAUAUUUUACAGCGUUUUGACCAUGAUCGUCCGUUCCGAUUGCAUGUUUUAUACAGUAUUUUAUGGCGUUCGGUUGUGCUCGAAUUUUCCGGGGACUUGCUCCAACACUUGAUUGUUUUGAUAGCAAUAUGCCGCAGUCGGGCAUACCGGGGAGCUGCCUCAAUAUUUAGAAUAUCCGAGGGUUGUUGGUUAUGCUCGGACAUCCCGGGGGUAUAUUCUAAUACUUGGAAUAUAAUUGAUAACAAUGGAAAUGUGCUCGGCCCUGGUUGGUUGCCCGGAGGUGUGGGGAACGAUCCGGGGGCGCAGAGCAGGUGUGCGCUAUUAGCGAGCGCGAGACCGCGGUUGCGGCCAAGCGUUCGCGGCGUGAACGAUCCCAUCGCGAGCUGGGGUUCUGCCAUGCAGGUACUUCCACGGAGGAUCUAGGUGUAAAACCCGCCGAGGGGCCGGUCCGUCCAUCCGACGAGGGGGAUCGACAGUUGCUGUCGUGGAAUAUUCACGUCCGUACCGACGACGUGGAUCCGUGCCCGUCUGUUACCAGAGUUUGGGCCAGGUGCCGGGCAUUUUAGUUUAUGUUUUAACUGUAAUAACGUCUGAGUUUUUCGGCGUUCCAGGGUCGAGCAAGUUUUUCGCCGAGAAGAUUCUCGAGAUAGUAGGCGCCAUUCUCGGUUUUGUCAUAAACUCGGUAUGGGCCUUCCCAGUUUGGGGCUAGUUUGCCUUCGCGCGAGUCUUUCAUGUUUCUGCGGAGCACUAGGGCGCCGAUUUCAAAUUCGCGCUUUAUAACUUUGGCGUUAUGGCGAAGAGCUAUUUGCUGUUUUAGUUUAGCUUCUCGGAGGGAGGAUCCUGCUCGGAUCUCCUCUACCAUAUCGAGUUCCUCCCUCAUGGCCUCGUCGUUAAGUUCUUCCUCGAGGGGGGACUCGGUUCGCCGAGAAGGUUCUCGGAUUUCCACGGGGAUUACGGCUUCGGUGCCGUAGGUUAAUCUGAAAGGAGUCUCGCCUGUGCUUGUAUGGGGCGUCGUUCUAUACGCCCAAAGUACACUAUGUAGUUCUUCGACCCAGGCUUUUUUAGCUUCGCCGAGCCUCCUUUUCAGUCCUCGGAGGAUGACUCGGUUGGCUGCCUCCGCCUGCCCGUUCGUUUGAGGAUGUUCGACUGAGGUGAAGUGCUGUUUUGUGCCGAGCUUGGCCACGAAUUCUUGGAAUUUCCUGUCAGUGAAUUGGGUGCCGUUGUCGGUGAUUAUAGCCUGUGGUACUCCGAACCGAGCGAGUAUGUUUCGUUUGUAAAAGCGUAGCACGUUUUGAGACGUGAUCUUGGCGAGGGGUUCGGCCUCUAUCCAUUUCGUGAAGUAAUCUACGGCGACCACCAGGUACUUAUUCUGGUAUGAUCCGACCGGGAAAGGACCGAGGAGGUCCAUUCCCCAGGUGGAGAAAGGCCAAGGAGAGGAGAGGGAUUUAAGCUCGUUGGGGGGAGCUAGGUGCAUGUCGGCAUGCCGCUGACAUCUGUCGCAUUUUUGAACAUGCUCUUUGGCGUCCUGCUGCAUAGUCGGCCAAUAAUAGCCGGCUCUGAGGGCUUUCCUCGCGAGCGACCGGCCGCCGAGAUGCUGGCUGUUGAUCCCUUCGUGAAGCUCUUGCAGUACUUCCAGCGCUUGCGAGCUGUCGAUGCAUUUAAGGAGGGGGAAGGAGAAGCCCCGUCGAUAGAGUUUAUUUUCGAUGACUGUGUACGAGCAGGCUCUCCUCUUAAUGGCUGAUGCUUCCUUCGGGUCGUCGGGAAGCUCGCCGUUUGUGAGGUAUUUGUACACCGGGGUCAUCUAGCAAUGGUCGUCUCCGAUGGCAAACACUUGUAUGGCUUGCGUGUUUUUGCCUAUGCUUGGAUCGGAUAAGAUUUCUUGUAUCACCGACUUAUUUCCUCCCUUCUUUCGCGUGCUCGCAAGCUUGGAUAAGAGGACGGCCCGCGAGUUGUGUUCCCGAGGGAUGUGUGCGACGUCUGCCUUUGUGAAUCCUUUCAUCUUUUCUUUGACGAGCGAUAGAUACUCGGCUAGUGUGUCGUUUUUGGCCUGGUAAUCGCCGCUAACUUGGGACGCGACCAGUUGUGAGUCGGUAUAAAUCAUGACUUCCCGAGCGCCCACGUCCUCGGCGAGGCGUAGGCCCGCUAGGAGGGCUUCGUACUCGGCCUGGUUGUUCGAUGUGGUGAAGGAUAGGACUAAGGAUACUUCGAUGACGAGCCCCUCGUCGUUCUCCAAGAUGAUACCGGCUCCGCUGCCUGCGUGGCUUGAGGCGCCAUCGAAAUAGAUGGUCCACUUAUUCUCGGUGGGUGUUGGGGAGUUGGAGAUCGUCGUCAUCUCGGCGACGAAAUCGGCGAGUGCUUGGGCUUUUAACGCUUUCCUGCCCUCGUAUUGUAUGUCGAAUUCGGACAGUUCGAGGGACCAUCUCAGCAUUCUCCCGGCCAUGUCAGGUCGGCUGAGAAGCUGUUUGAUCGGUUGGUCUGUCCGGACGAUAAUAGUGUGGGCGAGGAAGUAGUACCUCAGUCUUCUGGCGGCCGUUAUUAGGGCCAGCGCGAUUUUUUCUAUCUGUUGAUAGCGGACCUCGGGCCCUUGUAGGGCUUUGCUAGUGAAGUACACUGGCUUCUGCCCGUCUUCCGUCUCUCGGAUCAGGGCCGCGCUGGCCGCCUCGCCUGAAACGGCCAAGUAGAGAUAGAGAACCUCGUUGCUGUCUGGUCGGGAUAGCACCGGGGGUUUGGAGAGCACUUGUUUGAGGUGGGAUAAUGCUUGUUCGCAUUCCUCGGACCACUCGAAAGCUGCUUCCUUCCGAAGAAGCUUAAAGAAUGGAAGUGCAUGCUGGGCGGAUUUCGCGACGAAGCGGGAUAAUGCCGUGAGCAUUCCGUUUAGUACCUGGAUGGAUUUUUUAUUGGUGGGGGUAGGGAGGUCUGAGAAUGCUCGGCAUUUAUCAGGGUUGGCUUCUAUUCCCCGUUCUGUUAAGUAGAAGCCGAGGAAUUUGCCCGCCCGUACUCCGAAGGUGCACUUCUCUGGAAUGAAGCGCAUCCUGCAGGACCUGGCCUGCUCGAAGACCCGCUUGAGAUGUAGCGUGUGGUCGGAGUCUUCUCGAGAUUUGACGAUCAUGUCGUCCAUAUACACCUCGAGCGUGUCGCCGAUUUCUCCUCGGAAGACCCUGUUCAUCAUCCGCUGGUAAGUUGCCCCGACAUUUUUGAGUCCGAAGGGCAUUACGUUGUAGUAAUAAUUGCCCGAUUCGGUCAUAAAAGCCGUGCAUUGCUUGUCGCAUUUCGCCAUGGGAAUCUGGUUGUAACCAGAAUAAGCGUCCAAGAAGGACAACAGUUUAUAGCCGGCCGAGUUGUCGACCAGUCUAUCAAUAUUAGGUAAAGGGUAGGCGUCUUUUGGACAUGCCCGGUUAACAUCAGUAUAAUCAACACACAUUCUCCAUUUUCCAUUAGAUUUUUUAACAAGUACAACAUUUGAGAGCCAAGUUGAAUACUUGGCCUCGGAAAUAAAAUUUGCCUCUAGGAGGUCUUUUACAGCUUUCUCGGCAGCCUCCGCUUUCUCGGGAGACUGCCGACGCCUACGUUGUACUACGGCCUUGGCGGUUGGAUUGAUGGAGAGGUGGUGGCAGGCGACCUCAAGGUCGAGUCCGGGCAUCUCUGCGGCGCUCCAGGCGAACAGGUCGGCAUUGGCUCGAAGGCAGGCUACAAGUUGUUUCCUUGGUAGGUCAGGGAUGCCUUUGCCGAUCUUCACUGCUCUGUCGGGGUUGUCCCCCAGGGGGAUCAGCUCGAAAUCUCCGUCGGGGACAGGCCGGACGGGAUGAGGGGCCUUUGAUUGUGUUUCUUCCCCGGUCUUCAGUUCUUCUUGUGUGAACCUUGCAUCGAGGUCGACUGAGCUGACGUUGGCCGUUGGAACCUGAUCUUCCCGAGGAUGCUUGUCUUCGGCUCUUGGUUUUUUGUUGGAGCUGGUCGGAGGAGCGAUCAGCUCUAAUCCUUUGACGGAUGCAUCGAAGAUCCUUCUCGCAGCUUCAAUGUCGGCGUUAAUGGUGGCCACUUUCCCUGUCCUCGUGUAGAACUUCAUCUUCAGAUGGACCGUGGAGGGCACGGCGGUUAGCUCGGCCAGUGUUGGGCGCCCGAUGAUGCAGUUGUACAAUGUUUUGCAGUCGAUUACCAAAAACCUGGUUUUGACUUGCCUGGACGCUUCCCCUUCCCCGAAGGUGACAAUCAGCUCGACGUAGCCCCAUGGUUUGGUGGUGGCUCCGUUAAAACCUUGGAGGUCGGAACCCACAUAGGGAGUGAGGUGCGAGUCGUCCAGCUGAAGUGUUUGGAAGAGGUGGGAGUACAUGAUGUCGACUGAGCUACCUUCAUCUACCAGGACCCGUCGAACAUCGAAGUUUGCCAUUCUGGCCCGGACGAGGAGGGGAAUGGUGGCGUUUGGAGCUCCUCCGGGCAGUUCUUCAAGGUAGAAAGUGAUUGGCUCUGACUUUCCUCGGAAUUUCCGCAGAGUAGGGCCGAGGUCGGCAUUGGCGCUGAGUAGCUCGUCGAACUUUCUCUUGACUGAACUGACGGUGAGAGAGCCGGGGUCCCCGCCGUUGGAGAUGACCAUUGCGGUGGGGAAAUGUUCCCAGGUGCUGAGGGCGGUCGUCACGCCGACCGAAGGGAUGAAGUCUUCCGGUCGGGUUACGGACAGUGCGACUUGAAGCGGUCUGCUGUCUGGUGAGUUCCCCUCGUCAGAGUUUCGAGGGAUGUCUCUUCUGGGGGGUUCUCCCUUCUUGGUGUAUCUUGCCAGGUGGCCCUCUUUGAUCAGGGUCUCUAUGGCAUCUUUGAGAUUUAUGCAUUCGUCGGUCAUAUGCCCGUGACUUUUGUGGUACUUGCAGUACUUGGACUUGUCCGUCCCCGGCCUUGUAGGAUUUGACUUCGGGGGCCUGAUGUUGGAUUUCUUGAACUCGGCGUUCUGGCAGUCGGUCAGGAUUUUUUCCCGGGAGGUGUUCAAAGGAGUGUAGUCGUUGAAACGCCCUGCUGGUCCUCGCCGUUCUUUGACAUCUCGGGACCUGUCGUCCCUUCUUUUGUCUUGUCCUCGGCGUGACCCCGGGUCCUCGAGGUUUGAGCUGCGAGCGGCAUUACUGCCCCUCGAGGCUUUGAUCGCGGCUGCCUCGCCUUCCUCAAAAUCGAUGAAUGCCUUUGCUUUGCGGAGGAGGGCAUUCAUCGAGUGCACCUUCUCAAUCUUAAUGGCCUUCUUGAAGUCACUGCCGGGGAGAAGUCCUCGCUCCAAGAUGUACCUCUUCAUGUAGUCUUCUGUCUGCACUUGGACGGCCUCCUUGUUGAAUCUUUCAAGGUAAUCUCGAAGAGGUUCGUUGGGUCCUUGUACCACGGCCUCGAGAUUGGCUUCCGAUUUCGGUUGUCGUCGGGAGGCUGUGAAGUGGCUCAAGAAGAGUUCUUUGAGCUCGGUCCAGGAAUGGAUGGAGUUCGAAGGGAGGUUCCUGUACCAAUUCAUCGCUCCCUUCCUGAGGGUGGUUGGGAAAAUGCGGCACUUGAUCGAGCCUCUGACGACGUGAUAGUCCAUGACCGCUUCGAUGCUCCGAAUAUGGUCGUCGGGGUCAGUGGUUCCGUCGUAUUGGUCCAAUACUGGCGGUUUUUCCAUCCCCCGAGGGAGGUGGGCUCUCCGGAUACUGGCGGACAAGGGGCUGCGGAAGUCCUCCUCGUCGCUCGGUCCUGGUGAAUGGUAGUGCCUGUUUCGUCGGGAAUCCUCUUGGUUGUCACCCAACGCAGCUUUGGAGGGGCCCCGACGGCCUUGUUCGGGGGAUGGGCUUCUUUGUUCAGUGGUUUCAGGCUUCUGGUUCUUCCUGUUCUUUCUGGGUGGAGAACGGGAACGAGUCCUCCGGCGGCGAUGUCUUCUCGGGGGAGACCUUGAAGAAGACGGGGAACGCCGACGGUAUCUUCUCGGCGGUGAGCGCGAGGAGGAAUAGGAGCGUGACCUGUAGUGCCUCCGCGGAGAGGGGCGACGUCGUCGCUGUCUUUCCAGUUCGUGAAUUCGGUCGUCCUGAAUUCUGAGGAGGCUGUUCGUCAAUUGUAUUUCUUUGAGCAAGCGGACGGUGAUGGGGUCAGCAUCCUCGGGAAUGUUGAGCGGUUCCUCUUCUUCUCCAUGACGGACUCUCCGCCUUUCGGAGGUGUGGGUGAAUGAGGAAGCAUGUUGCCCGUCUCGGAGGUCGGUCUCAUUCACAUUCUGGGCAUGUUCCGGCACGUUGGUCGUUCGGAUCUGCUCGCCGUUUUGAACGUGCCCUUCUGGAGGAACAUGGUCAACAUUCUGGACCUGUUGUAGGACCUGCAACAGCUGAGUGUCCUGGGUUUCAUGCCCGGACCUUUGUCGCCGACGAUCCCCCCGACGAUGAUUAGCUAGCUCGCGGGAGGAUUCCUCGAUCAGCUCGUGAAGGAGGAAAGGGUCAGCGUUUGGGAUGUUGUUGUUGUUGUCAGCCAUGACGAUUGGAGAUGAUUAGCUUUGAUCUUCGUUCUUUAAAGAUGGGGAAGCAAGUUUCCCACAGACGGCGCCACUAAUCGUACCUGAUCAGAAGAAUCGUCGUAGGCUGCUCGGACUGGAUCUUCUAGGAAGGAGAAAAAAGGGGGGUGUACCUGCAAGGUACUCCAAUGCCAAAGUAAGUUGACGAGCAAAGGAGCGCAAGUACUAGCUAAGAGUGAGUAAGAAUUGAAUACCUGACCCUCUACUGAGAGAGGGUAUUUAUAGCCCCCAGCGCUGGGCCAUGAUCACGCUAGUGGACUGGAUUUCCAGGCCCAACUAGGAGACUGCCAGGUUUCCUAGGCGGAAAUAUCGGAGGUGCGUGAUGCCCUCUGUCCUGGUUAACCGCUCCGGAAUCCCAGGGAGACGCGGUCUUAUAAGGGCCACGUGGACUCCGUAGUAUUCGGAGGAUUGGGUGUGAAGGACCACUGCGCGGAGCAGGGUCCUCGGCAGACAAGUGCUCGUAGAAAGCUGUGUGCCGAGCAUCCACCUGCUCGUGGAGAGCACUGUGCCGAGCACCAGCUAGAAGACGGAGAGCGGUGCCGGGCAAAGCCGAGACGAACAUGAAGCAUCGUCUGCCAGUAGCUUAGGUUGGUUUGGGCCUUUAAGCCUAAUGGGCUGAAACUAGGUGGGCCGAAUCUCGGCCCAGCCCAGAACAUUAUUUAUUAUAAAUCGUUUUAACAAUUUAACACGUAUUAUGUAAAGUAAUCAUUUCUUUUAUAAACAAAAAAGUUAUUAAAGAUUUAACAAACUUUUUUACAUUAAUCAUAUGGGAAAUACAAAUUUAAAAAAGUGGAAAUUUAUGAUUUAUUGAAAACGUAAAACAACUUAUAAUUUAACAUAAAUUAUUUUUCAAAAAUGAUUUAUAAUUUAAAAAAGAGAGUAAAUGAAAGCAAACAAUUAAAAUAUUUAUGUUAAUUAUAAUGUUGAUUAAUCUUAAAGAUAA